AUGUCUAUCCGACACAAGUCAACAUACAUGGACAACUGGGUAGCUAUUGAUGCUGCAAUAGGAUAUAAGACUGGAAACCCUGUUGAGAAGGUCUAUCUCAAACUCUUUCAGAAGGAUGCCAUGUCUGAUGGUGAGUCGGAUAUUGAGAUUGUGGACAAUCUUUCACGAUGGUGUUUGCAUGUGGCUCGCUCCACUUGGAGAAGUGAAGAGUUCAACAGAUUGUUGACAAUGGUUGAUGACAUUGAUCGUAUCUAUCACGUGUCAAAUGCGGACGUGGGAACAAAGCCAAGAAUGAACAGAUAUCCAGCAACAUUGUUGCCUUGCUCUGUUUCUGCCACCCUGUCCCAGUCAUUGCCUCGUUGGGCAAUCAGCAAUGAAUAA